UCCUCCGCGCGCGACUACGCUCAUAAAAGGAAAAAAGCGUGUGCGGUUCUCGACGUGCCGCCAAUCUUCGAACGCAGGUCCGUGAUCAUCCGCAGACUCCGAAAAAGCGUUCGAGGAACGCGCCUGCUCCCCUCGUCGCAGUUUCCAGCCCGACGAGCUUGUUUUGUCCGAGACGCGGCGCCCCUUUAGACAAUGGCCCUCGUGUCUGCCGAUUCCCGCAUUGCAGAACUUCUCACAGAGCUCCAUCAGCUGAUCAAACAAACCCAGGAAGAGCGUUCGCGGAGCGAACACAACUUAGUGAACAUCCAGAAGACCCAUGAGCGGAUGCAGACAGAGAACAAGAUUUCUCCCUAUUACCGGACAAAGCUGCGUGGCCUCUACACAACCGCCAAGGCUGAUGCAGAGGCUGAGUGCAACAUCCUUCGGAAAGCUCUGGACAAGAUCGCGGAAAUCAAGUCUCUGUUGGAGGAGAGGCGGAUUGCGGCCAAGAUCGCGGGUCUCUACAAUGACUCGGAGCCACCCCGGAAGACCAUGCGCAGAGGGGUGCUGAUGACCCUGCUGCAGCAGUCGGCCAUGACCCUGCCCCUGUGGAUCGGGAAGCCUGGUGACAAGCCACCACCCCUCUGUGGGGCCAUUCCCGCCUCCGGAGACUACGUGGCCAGACCUGGAGACAAGGUGGCUGCCCGGGUGAAGGCCGUGGAUGGGGACGAGCAGUGGAUCCUGGCCGAGGUGGUCAGUUACAGCCAUGCCACCAACAAGUAUGAGGUAGAUGACAUCGAUGAAGAAGGCAAAGAGAGACACACCCUGAGCCGGCGCCGUGUCAUCCCACUGCCCCAGUGGAAGGCCAACCCGGAGACGGACCCCGAGGCCUUGUUCCAGAAGGAGCAGCUUGUGCUGGCCCUGUAUCCCCAAACCACCUGCUUCUACCGCGCCCUGAUCCAUGCGCCCCCACAGCGGGCUCCAAGCUGACAGGACCCACCAGCUGCCCUCCCUCUUCCACUCCAGCCCCAAAGGCCACCAUCCCUUUGCCAGCCCUGGCAGCCUUGGCAAGCCCCAAGUCAGCGGCUUCCAGCCCCAGGAGAACCAGCUCCGAGAUGGGAAGCUCCUGCCCUGAGCCCCGGGCUCCUAGCACCUUGUGCUCUUUGUGACAUGGGACACAAGCCACCUGAGGCCAGGAUCCCUGUCUGCUGCCCUCUGGGUUGCCCUCAGUCCUCUCAACAAAGAGUCAUUGAAAGGCAGCAGACCCUCCAGCUAUGGCCCCACUAGGAAAGGAGUCAGCGCCCCUACCUCUCCCCGCCUAUUCCCUGCCUUGGGUCUCCAGCCACUGAAAAAAGAGCUCUGUAGCAGCAGGGACUGGGCCAAGACUUCUUGACCCCAGAGUGAAGGAUGAUAGGAGUGGCUGAGAGUCCACGGCCCAGAGGCUCCUGCGGUCUAGGCUGGGGGAAGGGGGUGCCUGUCCUGGCCUGGGGGUCUCUGAGCAGCCCCUCCUGUCUGCCUGCCCCACAGCCCCAGGAUGACUACUCGGUCCUGUUUGAAGACACCUCCUAUGCAGACGGCUAUUCCCCUCCACUCAAUGUGGCUCAGAGGUACGUGGUGGCUUGUAAGGAACCCAAGAAAAAGUGAUGCUGCCCGGCGGGCUCGCCAUCCCCCAACGACACAGGGCAGGACGGCAGAGGACGUGCUGGGAUUAAACACAUUCCCCCUCCA